GCCAUCGAUUAGUUUAAGCUGGCAUUGUUUAUGGAUAGAAUUAUGUAGUAAAAUUAACAAAAUUUAUUUAAAAUUCAAGCCGAUAAUGUAUUAGGCUAUUGGUAAAAAUGCAGCGUGCCAUUCGGCGAGUGAGUUUGUGCCAACUGGUUGUUAGUGUGCGCCCUUCGACAAUAAGGGCAGCUGUAGCGAAAAAUUUCCACCAUAAAGUACACAAACAAAGUCUAACAGAUGUUCUGUGUCAAUUACAUAAGAGCUGUAAUCGUUCAGCACUAUUGGCGCAAAAAUCAACAUCGAUUUUAGGUGACGAAAAUCAGCUGUGCAGGCACGCAUGCACGCACACACUCGCACGCCGAGACGUUAGCACAGGCCAGUCGAGCGCUGCGCAAUAUUCCAGAUACUCAGCCAGCACAAUCAUGAAUUCGUAUUGCAAGGAAUUGGAUCUGAUGGACUAUGACAUCAUUGGGUUCGAUCUGGAUGGCACAUUGUUGCGGUACAAUCUACAGGAGAUGACGCCGCUCAUCUAUAACGUGCUUAAGCAGUACCUGGUGGAAGUUAAAGGCUAUUCACCAGCAUUGCUGUCCAAGGACUUGGAUAUGGAUUUUUUCCAGAAAGGUUUGAUGCUCGAUGGAGUUCGGGGUAAUGUGCUGAAGCUGAGCAAUGAAGCGACCAUUAUACGUGCAUCGCAUGGUACACGUCUGCUGAGCGAUGACGAAAUUGAGAGUAUUUACGGUGCCGAACGACGCUGGGAUGUGGCUACAGCCUUUUAUAAUAAUCCCCUGUCCACCUGGAAUGGUCCAGCAUCUGAGCAGAUGCGCACGCUUCUUGAUUACUUUGAUAUGCCCAGCGCCCUGGUGUUUGCCCAAGCCGUAGAUGUAGUAGACAAUGAGAGCGGAUCAAGUGGUAAACCCAAUGAAUACAAAGUUUGGGGGGAUCUCCUAGAAGCCCUUAUGCAUAGCUAUAGCCGCGAUAACUUCAGUAAUGAUUCCAGUCUCUACUUUAAGGCUUUACGCGCAGAGCCACAUCGCUAUGUGCUGCCGAGCUGUACAAAACUGUUCACCUGGCUGAAAGAAUUGAGACAAGCUGACAAAAAGCUCUUCUUGUUGACCGGCUCGAACAUAGACUUUGCCGAUUUAACAGCCACACAGGCGCUGGGUGCCAAUUGGCGAGAAUAUUUUGAUUUUAUAGUCACCUAUGCCAAGAAGCCGGGCUUUUUUACUCAGAAGCGAGCCUAUUUGAACGUGGAUGCUGUGGCAAAGCGUGAGCUACCAAACAGCGAACUAAGUCUGCAGGAGUAUCUCCAGCCGGGCAAUGUUUAUGCGCAGGGCAAUUGGCAUCAGCUGCACCAGUCGAUGGCAAGACUCUUGAACAAAGAUUCGAGUAAAGCACGAGCUUUAUAUUUCGGAGACAACAUCAUACAGGAUAUCUAUACGCCGGUUAAGCACAGUGGCUUUGAUACGGUGGCCAUUGCUGAGGAGCUGUUUUUAAUGGAGGCCAAGGACUACCCCUUCAAGGCGGUGCUGAAGUCAAAAUUUUGGGGCCCGUAUUUUAACGACGGCCGGACACCUACUAUAUGGUCUGGCUUCAUAGCGAACUAUGCCCAGAUUUGCAUCUCUUCCAUGGAACAGAUGUGCCAGACGUCACCAACUCAACGGCUUGUGUGUAACAAUGUCAACGGCUUCUAUCCGAUGGUGCCCAAAUAUCUCGAGUGCAGCAAUCUGACGACGAGCUGGUGCGGUGGUUGCGUCUGAUAAGACGUUUUCGACAAGACAUGCUCAGAAUACACAAUUAUCUCCGGACUGAGCUGUUGCGCAGUGCAUCUAAAUUGAACUUCUCGACGAAAGUCAGACAUAUAAAUUAUACUCGAUAGCAAAAUAAAUAAAUGUUCGGCGACCGAAUAAUUUAAGUACAUAUUCUAUAUAUUGCAUAACUCAAGCAGGCCUUCAAAAUAGCUAAGAUCAUUUGUAUUUUAUAAAGUAUUAUACUCGUUAAUACUAAUAGUAGUUAGUAGUUAUAAGCAACUUUGACGAAUGUACAAAAAGCUUAAGUCCUAAGCAGCAUGAGGUAAACGAAUUAAAUCGGUUGUUAUUGAAGCGCUUUACAGAUUUAUACUAUAUAAGUAUGUAAAUGUCGUUCAGGCACAAGCUGUAAUGCAAAUAACAUUUGGCAGGUGUGCUCGACACGUAUAAAGCCUAUUUUCUCUACAAAUUUCUAGU